AUGGAUGCUUUUAUCCUCAAGAAAAGAAGACGGCGCUCGAGUUCAUCUAUUCCAGAGACCGGUGAAGGCCCUCUGGCAAAGGCUUUAGACUCCCCGCUCCAGAGGAGUUUCCCUGGUGAGGACUCGACAGAUAUCAAAAUUGCCAUCCUGUUGUCAAUAUUCCCUGAGCUUAAACAAGAAAAUGCUCUUGACCUCUUGGUAUCUUGUGAUGGCUCUGUAGAGGCCGCUUCCGAGCUCCUGAGGUCUGAGAGUUCCAAGCAACGACUGCCCUGUAGCAAAAGACGAGCGACAACAGUCCCAAGCCUCGGUGCUCAGACAUCGCUGUCCUCGCACGUUGUCCACAAAGCAAAAGAUGGCUCGAUCACACCAUUCAGUGCCAGUCCCACUCGUCGGAAAAUAUUACAUACCAAGAAGGGCCAAACUUUGCACCUCUACUCUCCCGACGACAUCGCAGCUUACACACCUUGCACUAUUAUCCAUAAUUUCCUCCCUCCUGAACAGGCCAACGCUUUGCUCAUUGAGCUUCUGGCAGAGUCACGGCACUUCUCACGAUAUGAGUUCCAAUUAUUCAAUCGAACGGUCAAAAGCCCGCACACUGGAAGUUUGUACGUCUCGACUCCAGAAGAACAUCGACAGCACACCGCUGAGUAUAGGCAUGGCGGUACCUACCAAUCCAACAUUCGACAAGCAACACCAGAACUUCGUUCGGUAUCCCGAAAGGUGCAAUCCGCAGUCAAUGAGGCGAUUCAAAAUCGUAUCCGGAAUUUUUACCCAAAUGGCCAGAAACUCAGGUAUCAGUCGCCGAAAGAGUGGCAUCCCAACGCAGCCUUCGUGAACUGCUACGAUGGACCUGCUGAAAAUGUAGGAUAUCACUCUGACGACUUGACAUACUUGGGCCCACAUCCGGUGAUCGGAAGCCUGAGCUUGGGCGUGGAACGAGAAUUUCGAGUGCGCCGAAGCAUGCCACGAGACGUAGAAGAGGACGACGGCGAUAGCAAUCACACGCAACCAGUUGCUCAAGGCCCAGAAGUCUCAUCUGUUAAGUCCCUUAGCCAGAGUCAGAAGCCAUCUGUCGCCCGUGCAGACGCGCAAGGGCAAAUUUCAAUCCAUCUUCCACACAAUUCCCUCCUGGUGAUGCACGCAGAAAUGCAGGAAGAAUGGAAACACUCCAUUGCUCCAGCUCAGACGAUUUCGCCUCAUCCGAUAGCUGGGAACCGCCGAAUCAACGUCACCUACCGCUGGUACCGGGACACUCUGCACCCGAGAGAUACACCACGAUGUCGUUGCGGCGAGCACGCAAUCCUUCGAUGUGCGCAUCGAAAACAAGAGACUAGAGGUCGUUACAUGUGGAUGUGUCACGCCGGAUCUACGCCUGGAAAAGAAAGCUGUUCUUUCUUUCAGUGGGCGGAGUUCGACGACGAUGGUAACCCAGUCUGGUCCCACAAGCAACAGCAGGAGAAGAACGCUAUUACUCUGGCCAAUUUCAAUUCAUCUCAAUGA